CAGAGGAAUAUGGGAUUGAUAAACAUCAACAUGUUCCUGAUUGGAAUUUUGUCCAUAUCCCACAGAACAGAUGGAUAUUUUGAGCAGCUAAUAGACCAGUGCAGAUUCAUCUCAAAGGACCUCCAGGAUAUGGAGUUCAUACGCUCUGAAGUUUUUAAUCAGGUAGAAAUAAUCAGGUUCAACAGCACUGUGGGUGAGUUUGUGGGAUACACAGAGUAUGGUUUCUCCAUUGCAAAGAGAAUGAACAGUGAUACUGCUUACCUGGCUGCCAUACAAGCAGAGCGGGAUAGUGUCUGCAAGCCCAAUGCUUGGAACCACUACAGAAGCAUAAUGGAUAAGACAGUUAAGCCCACUCUCAGACUGAGGUCAGUGACGCCCCCCAGUGACAGACACCCUGCCAUGUUGAUCUGCAGCGCCUACAGUUUCUACCCCAAACCGAUCAGUGUGAGCUGGCUGAGGGACGGACAUGAGAUUAAAUCUGAUGUGAUCUCCACUGAGGAGCUGGCUGACAGGGACUGGUACUACCAGAUCCACUCCCAUCUGGAGUACACACCCAAAUCUGGAGAGAAGAUCUCCUGUAUGGUGGAGCACAUCAGCCUCCCGGAGCCCAUGGUGUAUGACUGGGACCCGUCCAUGCCUGAGUCUGAGAGGAAUAAGAUAGCUAUUGGGGCAUCUGGGCUGGUUCUGGGAGCUAUCAUAGCAUUAGCAGGACUGGUCUACUACAAGAAGAAGUCUGCUGGGGUGCUCCCGUAACGUGCUGAGGUGUGUUGGUAAAGAACUGAGUACAGGAUGUGAGCCGAGGGUUCCAGGAGCCGCAGCCAAUGGCGGAUCAACAAUCUAAACCCCAGGGCCUGAAACAGAUUAGGUCAAACUACCCACUCCCUCUUGUUGUUUGUCUGUGAACCAUCCGAAGACCCCAGGAAAACAGAAAACUUUCAAAGGCUCUGUGAAGAAAUGGGGAGGUCCUACAUAGACCCCAAAUAAGGACUAUGGGAGAGAAUGUAUAGUUCAUAUGUUAAUCAUGUAAAAUAUACAUGAUUAUAUUUUACAGUACAGAGAGCAUGUAUAUAUAUAUGCUCUCUGUACUGCUGAUUGACUAACCCGAAUAAAGGGAAGAACUUGUAAGAA